AUGCUAUUUUCAACAUGCGAUCAAACAUCGAUUAUUACUACUUUACGGAGCUUUCUCUAUCUAUCACGUGAGAACAAAGGUGAUUAUGCAUUGCAAGAUAUCUAUACAGCAUUACAUUGGUUAAAAAAUUAUGUGACAAAUUUUAACGGCGAUCCAGAUCGAAUUACACUCUAUGGAACAGGAUCAGGCGCUGUCUUAGCUAGCCUUGUUGUGAUGCUCGAAACUGUCAAUGGUGGUACGGGAACAAUUAAACGUCGCAAAUCCCUGGUUCAUCGUUUAAUUUUAAACGAUCAAACAUUUCUCUCUCCUCACAUGACAUCGAUCAUCAAUGAAGUCUCAUCGUUUCAAAAAGAUAUCCUAUCCCAUUUAUCAUGUACAACAUCUCAAUGUUUACGUAAUCAGUCUCAAAUCAGUACAAAUCAAUUCCUAGACUUGAAUACUUAUUCAAAAGAUCAUGGCUACAUCAACUACAUGUGUCCAUUGGAGAAUCCAUUUCCAUUCUUUAAUACACAAUUUCAAACUAAAUCUGAUCAGAAAAAUCCUUUGCGAAUCAAAUUCUAUCACCAAGCAAAUGCACUUCUCCCUGAAAAUCUGCCUAUUCUGCUGACAACAUCAUUAAAUGCUAAUCGUUCAUUAACGAAACAAGUCGAUGUUAACAAUAUUCUCAUUGAUAGUUUACUCAAUUAUGCUUAUACAAAAUGGGAUCGUCAAACUCAUGAAUAUCGUCUUGACGAAACACUAUUAAACUAUCAUCAACAAAUCCUUGCACCUCUCCUUAAAUAUGCUAAAUAUGCAUCAAAUUAUCGCAAUAUUCAUAUCUUAGAACGAUAUGCAAAGAAAUAUCAAUCCGAAUUACCAUUCACGUUUGGCUAUGUUUUAGCACCAUCUAUGAGUAUUUUCAAUGAAACAUAUUUCAAUGCGAAUGAAAACGAUCGAAUCGAAAGUAUGAAAAUCAUGGAUCUAUUUGCGAAGUUAUUACAUAAUGGAAAUAUCAAUAUCAAUUCACCUUAUUGUAAAGAUAAUCAAUGUGAANAAAAGAAAACUUACAUAAUCAAAAUAAAUCUCUAA